AUGCUGAAUCUGCUACUGCUGGUGCUGCCUGUCCUGGUGAGCCCCGUCUAUGCAGGCCCUGCUCCAGGCCAGAGCCUGGAGCGAGCGGACAUCGUGGGGGGACAGGAUGCGCCCGAGAGCAGGUGGCCCUGGCAGGUGAGCCUGAGAGCCCGUGGCCAGUUCUGGCAGCACAUCUGUGGGGGAUCGCUCAUCCACCCCCAGUGGGUGCUGACGGCAGCUCACUGCGUGGGACCGCACAUCCAGCGCCCAGCCCUGUUCCGUGUGCAGCUGCGGGAGCAGCACCUCUACUACCACGACCAGCUGCUGAGGCUCAGCAGGAUCCUCCCGCACCCUGACUACUACACGGCCGAGGGCGGGGCGGACAUUGCCUUGCUGGAGCUGCUGGAGCCUGUGAACACUUCUGGCCCUGUCCACACGGUCACCCUACCCCCCGCCUUGGAGACCUUUCCCCCGGGGACGCCAUGCUGGGUGGCAGGCUGGGGGGACGUGGACGACGAUGUGCCCCUCCCGCCACCAUACCCCCUAAAGCAGGUGAAGGUCCCCAUUGUGGAAAACCACCUUUGUGACGUCCAGUACCACACGGGCCUCUGCACGGGGGACAACGUGCGUAUCGUCCGGGAUGACAUGCUGUGUGCCGGGGAGUCCGGAAGGGACUCCUGCCAGGGCGACUCCGGAGGGCCCCUGGUCUGCAGGGUGAGGAAGACCUGGCUGCAGGCAGGCGUGGUGAGCUGGGGGGCAGCUGGUGUUGCUGCCUACCCCCAGGCUCUGGGUCUCAUUAAAGAGCUUGACAAGCUGGCCUGCCGUUGCUGUUUCUGA